GGAGUCGUUCGUGUUGCCGGCGCAGACGGAGGAGUUCAAGGAGGUCUACAAGACUUCGCAGGACAUCUGGAUUGUCAAGCCGCACGCCUCUUCCCAGGGCAAGGGCAUCUACCUGCUCAGGAAUCUCGACGACCUGCCAGCGAAGGACGUGUCCGUCGUCUGCAAGUACGUGGCCAACCCGCUGCUCAUCCAGGGGCUGAAGUUUGACCUGCGCAUCUAUGUGCUGGUGACCUCCUUCGACCCGCUGCGCGCCUACAUCUACCGCGAGGGCCUCACGCGCUUCGCGUCGGCGCCCUACAGCACCGAGGACGAGCACCUCGGGGACGCGUACCGGCACCUGACGAACUACUCCAUCAACAAGAAGGCGCAGAAUUUCAAGGAGAACCAGAAACUGGAGUCCGACAACUACGGCCACAAGUGGAGCCUCUCCGCUCUAAACAGGCACCUGGAGUGCGUCGGCGUGGACGUGAACCUGAUGUGGACCCGCAUCAUGGACCUCAUCGUCAAGACCUUGCUCUCGGUCCAGCCCGUGAUCUCCAAAAAGGUGGCCCAGGCGAAGGUGCACCCCCAGUGCUGCUUCGAGCUGUACGGCUUCGACGUGCUGGUGGACGAGGAUCUGAAGCCCUGGCUGCUCGAGGUCAACCUCAGCCCCAGCAUGGCGGCGGAGUCCCCGCUGGACAAGCAGGGCGAGUCCUCCGAUUGGUGGUCUGAGCUGACGGCCAGUUCCUCGCAGAACUCGGCCCCUGGAGCCCGGCUGUUCGGACUGCGAAGGCGCUUGGAGCAGUUCCUGGCUGGCACAGUGGACCACACCUCCGCGAGGCAGGUGGCCCAGGAGUUGCAAACGAAGCGUCUGGUUCACGCGCGUGCCUCGGUCGCAUAUGGCUGCGUGGCCGUUGCAGGCGCUCUUGGACUCGGUCUCUAUAGGACUGCCAUUGGUGUCUCCCGGCCGAAUUCGUGUGUACAGGACAUGUGCCAGUCUGUGGGUUUUUGCAUCGUUCUCUUUCUUUGGGCGUUUCCUCAAAGUCUGACGUUAAGAACAUUAGAUCUAUGGUCUUCCUUAUUGAUGGCAUUGGUUGUCCUGUGGGUAUCGCCUCUUGCCUCGGCAGACGUUGUUGUGGCCUCCUCAUCUCUGUUACCCUUCGGUGCUACUUUGGUGCUCUGCUUGUUCAGCAUGAAUUUCCGUUUGAACAUCACAUGCCUAUGGAGCGUAUCUUUGUCAAUCUGCAGCACCAUCUAUCUCGGCACCGAAAACCCUGUUGAAGAGUUUCUGCCAGACCGGACGCAGAGGGUUACUCAGGUGCUGGUGGCGACUUGCAUCUUCGCCGUUUUAGUAACGAUCUUUCAUCAGUCAGUCUACUUGGUCGUACAGUACGACAUGGAAGCUAACAUUUCGAGAAACGAGCUGAAGGCUGCGCGCUCGGUGCUGCGGGGCGUCUGCGACGCCGUCGUGGAGCUGGACAGCGACUUCCGACUGCAGGAUGGGUCCUCCGAGCUGGUGAGCAUGCUCCUGCUGAACCCCCUGCGCCCCGUCCUGGGCGAGGACUUUCGGCAGUUCCUGGCGUCCCAGCACGACCGCGAGAAGUUCUCCGAGCAGAUCGGCAGGGCCUUGCCUCCGAGCGAGGAUUCGGUUGGGCCCAGCGCCGAGGAUUCGGUGGGGCUCAGCGCGGCGUUCCACGUCUCCAUGAGGGACAGCUCCAGCAUAGCCCUCGAGGUCGAGAUGUUCUGCGUGCGCUUCGUCAAACGGGAGGGGCAGACCGCACACUUCAUCGGCAUCCGCGAGUUCACAGACAUCGCCCCGAUGCUGAGGGGCAGCGUGUCGGAGAGGACGCGGCGUGGCGGCAGCGUGAGCGGCCCGCAGAGCUCCUGUACAGCACUCGUCAGGCUCCCGGCCGCCCCUGCGGACUCCACGGCCGAGGCCUCCGGUCAGGCGUCAUCGGACGUGAGCUCCGAGGCCUCCUCGCUGGACGAGAAGUGGGAGGGCCUGGGCGCCGAGGCGGAGCCCGUGGCCUGGGUCGACCUCUUGACCCCGACCUACGAAGUGAGGCUCGAAACCUUUGCGUUCACGAAGUACGUGGACGCCCGGGGUGGGCUCCUGUCUGCCGUGCGGCAGUCCCAAUGGGAAGAGUUCAUCGUCUGGGCGCAGCUUUCGUACUGUUCUCUCCUGCAGGAGGGCUCCGACUCCGCUUACCUGCAGUACCCCAAGCGCCUCCGCUUCAGGUCUCCCGCGCAGCAGCGGAGCGCCCACAGCUCGAGGAGCUCGGGGCAGAUGCUCUCGGCGCGCCUGCGGCUCGACCUGGAGCGGCCGCCCGACGGCCAGGACCGCGGCCGCGGAGUUGUGCGGGUCGUCCUCCAGGACCUGCUGCUGCGCCGGCGCGCGCCCCCCGGUCCGCGGCGGCUGUCGCGCUACGGCACCCCAACCGCCAUCGCCCAGGCCGCCAGCGGCCAGCUGCUGGCCCAGGAGCAGAUCUCGCGAAGUGCCGCCCAGACGGCCGCCCUCGCAGGCGGUGCGGCGGCGCGGCCCGAAGCGGCGGACGGCCAUGUGCAGCUCCAGGGCCCGGUGUCUCGGCCGCCCAGCUGUGACCCCGCAGCGCGGCCUUCGCAGGCGGUGACGCCGGGGGCAGACACUCGUAGCCUGUGAGGCGCCAGGGCCGCCGCCUCAGCGCGCGCGGGCGCUUGAGCGUGCCGCGCCCCUGCAUCAUUGUGUGAGAUUAUUAUGCCUAGCGACGGGCAGCAUCUCCGGAGCAAGGUAAGGUCUUGCAAUGGUGGUGCAGGUUCAGAGUGACACACGGGCCAUGGGGAAGUUGCCCAGACUUCCGAGGGACCACACGUCGAGCAACGUUGGAGCGCUGGUUGCCUGGGCACAGGCAUUACUCCUGUUUUUCGUCCUGCUCCUCGAAGAUCAAGACGCUCUUGCGCUCGUCUCGGCCUUCAUCAGGAGGCAGUGGCCAGUAGAGAAAGGCCUUGUCAGCGUUCGGCCCGGCCGGGAUACUUGAGGUGGAGACUGUGCAUGUGUUGAGCGAACCGUAGCCACUGAGGCUCGAAUCUAGACAUCACUAGACGCGUCCUAGGGCAAGGCGGAACAAAUUGCGCAAUCACAGCGUAAGAGCUUUUUUCUUUGAUUGUGCCCAAGCGCUGACUUGACUGAUUUUGGCUCUGGUGCGGCAGUGCCACGGCCGAGUAUGGUCAGUGCUCGGGUAUCCUCGGUGGCACUCAUGCAGUGUAGCUGAGUCCAGCGCUGACCUUCCUGCGUUACGCGAAGACAAAAUGGGGCGCGCUAAGGGCGGCGCUGGAGGCGCCGCAAGGGGGGGCUGGCGCCGAUCCAAAACAUCUGUGCGGGUUUAUGCUUCCGCAGUUUUUCUUAUCCGUUUCUUCUGCCUCCCGGGAGCUUCUCUUUCUAUUUCCCUGAGGUGAGUGUAUGAAGCUUUGAUUGUCCAGGCGUCUCCAGUCGAUGCUUUGACUUCUGCUUGUCCUUAUGGGGGUGGAAACCACCAACAAGUGUAGGAGAGAUGGUGGGCA